AUGAAAUCAUUUAUAGGUGUUAUUUUAUUAUCUUAUGUAUUUCUAUUAAUCUAUUCAAAACAUAUUGUUGGUAGUUAUGAUUAUGAACAACAUGAUACAAAUAAUGAAACAGCUUACAAAGCAGCAAACUUUUGUCUUGAAUAUUAUAAUAAACAAAAUAAUGAAUCAUAUAUACUUACUAAAGUAGAAUUUGCUAUUAAUGAAACAUUUGCUCCUAAUUCAUAUAUUAAUUUAUACUUCAAUGGAAAAAAAACAAAUAGUAAUAAAGAAGUUGAAUUCCAAGCUAUUUACCAACCUAGAAAAAAUCGUGAACCAAAAUGCAAUAUUGUACUCAUUGAUACAUCUGGGGUAACUUAA